AUGGCUGAAAAACGUAUUUUAAUUUUGGAUGAUGGUCAAAUAACUUCUAUUAUUGCUGAACAUUCAUGGUCGGAUUUUAUCGAUGAUGACGAUGAUGUUGAUUUAUAUAUUUUUACUAGUACAGGUGCACUAUCUGAAAAAGAUAAAACUUGUUCAUUUAUUAAAGCUUAUAAAGAAGUACCACAUCCAACAUCAGAUGGUGGACUUGAAUUAUGGGCAUUUCAUAUGCAUCGACAAUAUACAUUUACUCAUAUUUAUACGAAAAAUGAAGAUUUAAUUAUACGAGCUGCAUAUUUACGUACAUUACUUAAUAUAAAAACAGGUUUAUCAGCUGAUCAAGUAUCAGCUUAUCGUGAAAAAGUUCAUAUGAAAGAAUUUGCAUCUGAAGGUGGUUUUCCUGUUCCACCAUUUACUCGUUUAAUGUCACCUAUUGAUCUUAUUUGUUUUAUUGAAAAACAUGGUUAUCCAGUUAUAGUUAAACCUACACUUGGUUGUGCUGUAGCAGGUCUUCAUUUAAUAUCGAAUGAAGAUGAAUUACAAUUAUUUCUCUCUUCAAAAUUAUUUUCAUGUAUUGAUAUUAAUCAACGAAUGGAUUUAGUUGGUGAAUUAAUGGUUGAAGUAUUUAUGCAUGGACGUAUGUUUCAUGUUAAUGGUAUAGCUAUUGAUGGUCAAAUUAUUCAUGCAUGGCCAUUUGCAUAUCUUCAGACAUGUUUUGAUUUUGCAAAACAUGGAUUAGCUUACGGGAAUUCAUCAGUUCCUCAAUCAGAUCCAUUAUUUAAUCGUUUAUAUAAUGCAGCACAACGUCUUUUAAAUAUUUUACCAACACCACAUGAUUGUUUAAUAUUUCAUUUAGAAUUAUAUGAAAAUCUAGAUGAAAAUCGUUUACCUGGUGAUGAUUUUGUAUUAUGUGAAAUCGCAGCUCGUGCACCUGGUGGUUCAAUUACGCAUCUUAUUGAUUUAUUAAGUUUUCAAGAUAAUGAACAUAAUUCAUUUGCUCGGUUAGAUUUCCGAGCAAGUGUUUCUUUACCUUUUUCACUCAUCACAAAAGAAGAAACUGAAGAACAAGUUAUUACUGAUCUUGUUAUUCCACGUAAAUCAGGAAAACUUAUGUAUAUACCUCGUGAAUGUCCUAUACGAAAUUUAACAUAUAUACCAUUAGCAAAUGUUGACAAACCAACAACUUAUGAUACAUAUGAUGUUAAUUCUAUAAAUAGUGCUUGUCGUCUUAUAACUUAUUCAAAAACAAUGAAGGAAGGAAAAGAAUUAGUGGAAAAAGGUUUAGCAUGGUUUGAUAGUGCAUGCAUUGUUACACCAAUUGAUGAACCUUGCUCAGUUUCAUUAAUUAAAGAACUUCAUCGAUAUUUAAAUAGAAAGAUUUUCAUUUAA